UUCUUCAAUGAAUCGACAUCAGAUGAAUGCCUAAUCACUAAUCAGUCAAGAUUCAAUUGUCAUAUUUCCACGAGCUGUCGGUACUGUAUCUCGGAAUUAUUUUUAUAUGUUUCUAUAACAUAAACCAUAAAAAAUGGUGGAGGCACAAAAAUACAGGAUUGAACAGGAGAUGACCAAUAUGGUCAAUGAAUUAGACAGGAGUUAUUUAAGAAAAAUGCAAGGUGACAUGCAUAGAUGUGCAGCCAAGUGUUGUGACGACCAGCAGUCUUCAUUAGAGAGAGUCCAUGGAUGCAUAGAGAACUGCACUGCACCACUCAACCAGGCCAACAAUUAUGUUCAGGGAGAGAUCAACCAUCUUCAGAACAGGCUGCAGAGAUGUGUGAUGGACUGCAAUGAUUCAGCAAGAGACCGUCUUGGACCUGAUCCCAGUCAAGAGACGAUUGACAAAUGCACAAUAGAAUUCGAGAAAUGUGCCAUCAAAUGUGUGGACAAACACAUGACAAUUAUUCCAAGUAUGAUGAAGACAAUGAAGAAAGUGCUGGCCAGCGGCAAACCUCCUCCAGUGAAGAACGAAUGAGACUGAGACCAACCUAUGAAUUAACAACCAGUCUAUCAAUUGGCAUUUAGGAAUUGUAUCUAUGAAUCUACAUGAGUAGUUACGAAUAAUGUUGCUGUUUAUAGACAGUUCUGAAUCUUGCUGUUCGGUGACAAUAUAUUUGGUUAGUUUAUGUACUGAGUUAUUAAGAAAUGUAUUUCUGCAUCUUCUGCAUUAUUUGGGUUUUUCUGCUCAAUAUUAGCCCGGAGUCUGGAAUUUGUGCCCGAUAUGGCGAUAGGCUCGCCCCCCUAUCACAUCCUGGGACGGAACACACUCGGCGAAAAGUGGGUGCCUUGGUUGCACCUCUGCAUACCCCUUCGGGGAUAAAUGCGUGAUGAUGUGUGUGCAUUUCUGCAAUAAUUUUAAAAUUUAUAAGUUCCUGAUAUGAAAAGCAGCUAUGAAAUAGUGAUCAAAUACUAUAGCUAUGUUUCUUUUUAUUUUUUAUCAAUUGCGCUUGUAAAAAAAAUGUGUUUGAAAAUGAACAUUAUCAUUACAUUUAUGUACCAGAAUUAAUCAUGUUGAUCAUGAUACAUUUAAUCUAAGCAUUUAAUGAUACUGCCUUGACUUGCAUUUACGUAUGACUUAUCGGUUUAUGUGUUAGUGUUUAAUAUCUUGAAUUCAUUCAGUAGCAAAAAGUUCAUAAAACCCGUAUCCUGUCGGCUUGCCUUUCGUAAUUUUUCGAAACUCUAAUAAUUAUCAUUUGAACGAUUUGCAGACCACUUUUAUGUUUAAUAAAAAUAAAUAAGUAUCUAUUUGUUGUAUUGUCAUCCCGUUCGGAAAAUUUCAACUUUUGCCACUGAUGUACAGCUCUACACUUAAUAUUGCUAACUAUAAAAGUGUUGUAUGGACUUUUUCUAUUGCAGUUUACAUUGAACAAAGUACAAAAUAUCCUCAUAUAUAGUGGUAGUAAUGAUAACUGGUUAUUUUGUGGAGUUGGUUUAUAUUUUUUUUAGUUUUAGAUGAAUGUAUAUUAGUUGUACAGUUUAAUAAAAAUGUGUAUAUUGUAA